CCUCACUCGCAAGAUAUGUCGACAAGUUUCCCUCUCUUUUUGAGCUUCCCCAAUGAGAUCCAAGAGCUCAUCUGGGACGCUGCAGUCCGCCCUGUUCCGGGUCGUCAACACGUGCAAAGAUUCAUCAUCGUGGAUCACUACUUCAACCUGGCGAACCCCCCAUACCCCAUUUCUGGGGAUUUCAUCAGAUUUGGGCGUCAGGACGGGCCAUGGUUUGGCUUUUCACUUGCUCUCCCAUGGGAUGAUCCACAGGGCAACCCCAAUGAGUCUAUCUAUGCGAUGGAUAGUGGCCUUUGGACGGCCUGUGCUGUGUCCAGAGCUGCGAUGGUACGGCGAUUCAAGAAGAACGAGUGGUGGUCCGAUAUUCCACACCAGAAACCCACAGCGAGAUUCGCAGAAAAGGGAGCAUAUGCUGGCCAAGAUGAUGUCUUUCACUCAGCGACGUACAAGACCCGUGAAGGGGAAAGCAGACACAUCACAAUCAGCACCGAAGAUCUAAUAUACCUGGACCCACGGCAUCUGGGCUCAAUAGACUGGUUUCAUCAUUACGCCGGGGACCCUGUUCCUCUUAUCGAGUAUCGUGGGGAAGAUGGCACCAGCUUCCUUGGAUUCAACAUUGCCAUCGACUUUGAUCCCAGGAUGAUGGAUACACUCGCCAAUCGGCCAGUUCACUACUGCCGGGGAGACUUGGGCAUGCAUUCUAUGGAUAUAAUCGACAUGGUUGACGUUCUUCACGAGUCUACUGCAAGGACACUUUGGUUUAUCGACCACCGGCUUCGACGACGAUCACCAGAGAAUGCUCCAGGGUCAGCAUUAACUCUAGAUGCCAACCGGCAAAUCUUCCACGCCGACGGUUACAUCUUGGUCGAGGUUCGGAGAGAAGACAUGGGACUGUGGGCCAUCGAUAUCAACAAUGAACCCGGCAAUGAUUCCUGUACUGUCUUUGACCUUUUCGAUGUUUUGUUUCAAACAGCAAAUGGGAGACUGGAAAUCCAAGAUUCAACUCGAAUGCGGGUGUUGGCAUAUCAAGGGACCUCGAAUGAAGCUCCGAGUCGUCGAGGGCCAUAUGAAAUCACCCCAGACCCUUCGUGUCUGACAUGCUACCCAAAGGAGGAGGCUCGCCGGGCCCGUCCGGUGAAGCCGUCGACCACAGUGGGUUCUGACGAUGAUAUAUCACUGAGCGACUUGAACCUCUUUGAUUCAGAAUGA